CGCCCGCCACCCGUCGGGGAUCACAGCUACUCGGCUGGAGUUCAGGGCCGAGUCCGCGCGACGGCCCACGCGGGACAGGUCCCUGGAUGAGAAGAAGCUGACGACAGCGGAGCCCCACCUUCUCUGUGUGCGGGGGAACAGGGCUGCACAGCCCCUGUGGCACCCAUGCCGAAGAACAGCAAAGUGACCCAGCGUGAGCAUAGCAAUGAGCAUGUCACCGAGUCGGUGGCUGACCUGCUGGCCCUUGAGGAGCCAGUGGAUUAUAAGCAGAGUGUCCUGAAUGUGGCUGGAGAGACAGGUGCCAAGCAGAAGGCGGUGGAGGAGGAGCUGGAUGCAGAGGACCGGCCAGCCUGGAAUAGCAAGCUUCAGUACAUUCUGGCCCAGAUUGGCUUCUCCGUGGGCCUUGGCAACAUCUGGAGAUUCCCCUACCUGUGCCAGAAAAAUGGAGGGGGUGCCUACCUGGUGCCUUACCUGGUGCUGCUGAUCAUCAUUGGCAUCCCCCUCUUCUUUCUCGAGCUGGCUGUGGGCCAGAGGAUCCGUCGUGGCAGCAUCGGUGUGUGGCACUAUGUGUGUCCCCGCCUGGGGGGCAUCGGCUUUUCCAGCUGUAUUGUCUGCCUCUUCGUUGGGCUGUAUUAUAAUGUGAUCAUCGGAUGGAGUAUCUUCUACUUCUUCAAGUCCUUCCAGUACCCACUACCCUGGAGCGAAUGUCCUGUCAUCAGGAAUGGGACCACAGCAGUGGUGGAAGCAGAGUGUGAGAAGAGCUCAGCCACUACGUACUUCUGGUACCGAGAGGCCUUGGACAUCUCCAACUCCAUCUCAGAGAGUGGGGGGCUCAAUUGGAAGAUGACAUUGUGUCUCCUGGUGGCCUGGAGCAUUGUGGGCAUGGCUGUCGUCAAAGGCAUCCAGUCCUCAGGCAAGGUGAUGUACUUCAGCUCUCUCUUCCCCUAUGUGGUGCUGGCCUGCUUCCUGGUCCGGGGGCUGCUGCUGCGAGGAGCAGUCGAUGGUAUCCUGCACAUGUUCACUCCUAAGUUGGACAAGAUGCUGGACCCGCAGGUGUGGCGAGAAGCAGCUACUCAGGUCUUCUUCGCCCUGGGACUGGGCUUUGGUGGUGUCAUCGCCUUCUCCAGCUACAACAAGCAGGACAAUAACUGCCACUUUGACGCUGCCCUGGUGUCCUUCAUCAAUUUCUUCACUUCAGUGUUGGCUACCCUGGUGGUGUUUGCUGUACUGGGCUUCAAGGCCAACAUCAUGAAUGAGAAGUGUGUGGUCGAGAAUGCGGAGAAAAUCCUUGGGUACCUCAACUCCAAUGUCCUAAGUCGGGACCUCAUUCCACCUCAUGUCAACUUCUCCCACCUGACCACCAAGGACUACAUGGAGAUGUACAACGUCAUCAUGACUGUAAAGGAAGAGCACUUCUCAGACCUGGGUCUGGAUGCGUGCCUCCUGGAGGAUGAGCUGAACAAGUCUGUGCAGGGCACAGGCCUGGCCUUCAUCGCCUUCACGGAGGCCAUGACACACUUCCCUGCCUCUCCGUUCUGGUCUGUCAUGUUCUUCCUGAUGCUCAUCAACCUGGGUCUGGGCAGCAUGAUCGGAACCAUGGCGGGCAUCACCACACCCAUCAUCGACACCUUCAAGGUGCCCAAGGAGAUGUUCACAGUGGGCUGCUGUGUCUUUGCAUUCUUCGUGGGGCUGUUGUUCGUCCAGCGCUCCGGAAACUACUUUGUCACCAUGUUCGAUGACUACUCAGCCACCCUGCCACUCACCGUCAUCGUCAUCCUUGAGAACAUUGCUGUGGCCUGGAUCUAUGGAACCAAGAAGUUCAUGCAGGAACUGACGGAGAUGCUGGGGUUCCAACCCUACCGCUUCUAUUUCUACAUGUGGAAGUUUGUGUCUCCCCUAUGCAUGGCCGUGCUCACCACAGCCAGUAUCAUCCAGCUGGGGGUCACACCCCCAGGCUACAGUGCCUGGAUCAAGGAGGAGGCUGCAGAGCGCUACCUGUAUUUCCCUAACUGGGCCAUGGCUCUCCUGGUCACCCUCAUCAUCGUGGCGACCCUGCCCAUCCCUGUGGUGUUCAUCCUGCGACAUUUCCACCUGCUGUCCGAUGGCUCCAACACCCUCUCCGUGUCCUACAAGAAGGGCCGCAUGAUGAAGGACAUCUCAAACCUGGAAGAGAACGACGAGACCCGCUUUAUCCUCAGCAAGGUGCCCAGCGAGGCGCCCUCCCCCAUGCCUACCCACCGCUCCUAUCUGGGACCCGGCAGCACAUCACCCCUAGACACCAGCGGCAACCCCAACGGACGCUAUGGAAGCGGCUACCUCCUGGCCAGCACCCCUGAGUCAGAGCUGUGACCACUGCCCCCAACCAGUCCAUUUCCCCCCCCAUGCCCACCCACCCUGCCCAUUUAUCUGGGCCUUCCCUCUUCCUCCAUGGUGGCCAUCAGGUCCAGGCCAGGCCCUCUGCCAAGGACAGAGGGUCUAGCUUGCUCAAUCUCGACCCCAGCACUCUGCUCCCUUGGUUUGAGCAGGAGGCUGGGGACAACUCUAUCCCCCACUUCUUACCCUUGAGAACCUCUCACCAAAUUGCAGCCAUGUCACCAGAACAAUCCACGAGUCUGG